AUAAGAAUAAGAUUGGUAAAAAAGAAAAAAAAGAAAAAAAAAGAAAAGUUGAUAUAGAUAAGAAUUCGAUUCAGACAAAAAGGAUUAUCGAACGUUUCAAAAGAAGGAUGAGUUUUCCCAUAGGGAAAAAAAAGAAAGAAGAAAAAAAUAAAAGAAGCCAAAGAGAGAGAGAGAGAGAGAGAGAGAGAGAGAGAGAAACGUGCCACGCGAUCGGCUUCUUUAUUCUCGCAUUUCUUGUUUCUUUCCUUUUUUCUUGCAUCGAUCGAAUUUGACUCCACGAGAGAGCCCCCAGCGAAGAAGAACGAAGAAGAAAGAGAAGAGAGGCGUGUCCGGUCUUGCGGCUUCUACAAAGAGAUGCCCACUUCCCCGUGGAUCCCUUCCACUCCUCAGGGAUCCCCUUCCACGUGGGUCCCAGAAGCACGCUCUCUCCCUCCCUUCCAUUAAGUCCCAAGAAAAGCAGCCGGCAUGGUCCAGGCCACGAGAUCGCCAGGUAAAGCCAGUUUACGCAACGCUUCCGUACGUGAAGCAUCCUAUACGGGACACGAGAAAAUCGUGAAACUUAUCUUAUCGAUCGCGAGAAGUAUUAAAGUUUAAAAAGGAUAACAUGACAUACGAUUGACCGAUAAGCAAAUAAAAAAAAAAGUAAAGAAAACAAAUCAGUUCAGAGAUUGAAAGGGCAGACGUCAUUACGUUUACGAUAUGAUUCAAAUGUGAAAUACAAUAUUUCCUUCGUAUCACGUAGAAAGACAACACAAAUAGGAUCCUGUGGGGGUAGGAUGACCGCCUACGCGAACUUUCAGCAAUACGAUUUAAUGGAUUCCGAGGGUUAUGGAUCAGCGAGUAGUCCUGAAUCGAAUCCGCGAGUCUCUUGGCCUCAUCAGGAGGUUUAUCCUCAGCCACCAAGAUCACGAGGCAGUAGUUGUGGUAGCGUUAGCUCGUUGGACAGUCACAAUCAUCAGGAAUAUCAAGAGAUCGGUGCUUUGAAUGGUGCUUUUCACGUUACCACUACGGCAACCUUUAAUUUCGCUGAGUUUUAUGAAGGUUAUUACAAGGAAGGUUAUAGAAACGAUCAUCAAACGCAAACUAUGAUAGGAAAUCCAAAGGAACGUACGAAGAUCGUAUUCAGAACGAACGAUCAUCAUCAACGUCUCGAAGAAAUCUAUCAAGCUCCUUUGAACAGUACAACGACAUUUAACAACGAAACGUUCCCGAGCAAACAGGAAUCCGGUUACGCGCCAAAAAUGGAACAUCAUCCCACGAGCGUUGUCUUUGGGAACGACAGGUGCGAGUUCUCGCAAAAGCAGGAUACUUUUUUUGUUGCAAAAGCCUAUGCUAUUGCAAAAAGUAAUGGUCUUACUCACUCCGGAAGUAACGACAGUGGACCAGACGUUGGUCCUUACGGUCAAAGGCCAGAGGUCCUUUACUUUGGUAGUACCUGUACCAUGCAGAGAAAGGACGGUUGUGCUACGAGCAAUCAGACAACAAUCGAAAACGAUCAAAUUAGGUAUCAUCAUCAAAGGAACGAAUCUUUUCGUAAUACGGAUUAUACCGAACAUAAGGACAAGGAAUCCGUGCAAAAGAUGAAGAAUGGUACUGCACCGGGUGUCGAAGUGCUUAGGAGAAGAAGAUUGGCAGCUAACGCCAGAGAGAGAAGGAGAAUGAAUAGUUUAAACGAUGCCUUUGAUAGGUUACGUGACGUCGUUCCUAGUUUAGGUAACGAUAGGAAACUCAGCAAGUUUGAAACAUUACAAAUGGCACAGACUUACAUAGCUGCGCUCUAUGAACUUUUGCAAAGAGAAUGA